GAGCCCGCCAAUAAGGGCCCGUCACCCGGUUCCCACCCGGCCAAUCAACAGGGCCCAGGCGCCAAGGAGGGCCUCACCGGUGUGUGGCCCGUCGAUUCGAGAUGGAAUGGGGUCAAUAUUUUUUUGUAAGUAUGACCUUCAGAGAGUCUGUGCUUACAUCCAUUUUCACGAGGUUGCCAUUCUGAUCGACGCUACCAGCAACAUCCGGGGUCUCUAUACUUCACUCCUCCGAAGUGGAUUGCGGAGCGGUACGAAACUCGGGAACUCGUAUCCGGUCGUAUUCAAGCGGGACGAAGCUUGUCGACCUUAGGGCACUCCAGCAACCACCAUGGACCUCGACGCCAGGUCCCUCGAACGGAUACCCCACUCAGCAUCUACGGAGCUUGCCCGUCCUGCCAGGAAUAGGCGCUCCAGACUGGUACCGAAGGACCCGUGGGGAAAAGCUGCAAUCAUCUGGGCAACUGCUCAGCUCCUCAUCAUCGUUAUCCUGGAGAGCAUCGUUGCAAAGAAACAUGCAUCCAACAACUCCGAUUUGGAAACAGUACUAAAUCAAAACCCUGUCGCCGCGGAUUUGAUAGCGAAUACCAGAGCCCUGACAGUCUACCAUGUGCUCUUUAUUGCGGCGCAAGUGUUUCAAUGGGUGCUGGCCGUUGAUGCGGUGUACACAUAUUCCAUGAUCGAAUUGGUCUCCACAACUUUAUUCAAUGUGGCAUUGCUCGCAUAUUCGGGAUUACAAUACAAGCAGGCUACCGACAUUGCUGACAAAAUUGGCGCAACGGGACUGGUCCCGUCCGGAACGCUGGAUACCCAUUCAACAGCGACAUUGGAAAUAAUAAUCCUGUGUGCAAUGGCGGUCUUUGUGACAGGAUGGGUCGUUCUUUCGCAACGCCUGUACCGAGUAUUUGGGUGGAGCAUCUUCAAAGAGUUAGGAGCGGAUAUAUCCGUGCGAAAUCGGCUCAAGCUUUACCACAUCUAUUUAAUGCUUUUGAAGCUCGAUGUGUUCUUCUUCAUUGGGUUCGACGUUCAGUUUCUUGCCCUUGUCAUCAUGAGCGGCAGGGGCAGUGUAUCGGAAAGCGAAAAAUGGAUCCACGGUCUCGUAGCAAUUCCCUUUACGCUCGCUUUACUAGUGGUCGCAUACCUGGCUGUGCGUCGUGAAAGCAAACUUCUGAUGACAGCGACGCUACUGGGACUGGCAGGAGGAAUCGGAUACCUGAUCUCAAAAUUGGUGGAUGUAUCUCAGAAUGGGUCAACAUCAAAGUAUUCUGGAAGCAGGCGGUCGCUGACGUUCUUCGAGGGGAUAACAUUGGCCCUUUGCGUAGCGACAUUCGUCUUUGCGCUUCUGACGUUCAGAAAUUUUGGGAAGGGACUGAAAGAACAGCUAAGCAAAACGCGAAGAGGGGACCUGGAGCUCGAAAACCUACAAUCAGGACAGCACGGACCCAAGGAAGCUCCUCAAUACUCGCUGGAAUAGAGAACGCCUGUGACCCAGGCAGUGGGGAUGGAGCGUGCCUAUAUAGAUUUUUGGAGUCGACAACCUAUUCAUUACUCAGACACACGACAUGCAUCGCACACAUUCACCAUGACAUACGACAUUUCAAGCAACCAUUUUUGGCGCCCAUCCAUGGUACACACACAACCCCGUCUCAUCCCCGCCUGCAUCUGCUAUUAUGUCGCACGCCUAUCAUGCACCUACAUUGCAGAAGUGCAUAAGUAAAGGAGACACUCGGAAGAUGAAUAUAAGGCUGUCAGUCGUCCGGCGCUGCGAAGGACUUCUUCACUUUUUCUUCACUUCAAUACAUCGUAUCUCAGCCCGCUUACGCAGCCUUCUUUCAUCUUUUGCGUGCAGAUGUUACGGCUGUUACUCUGUUAU